UCAGACGAAUUCUGGCGGUCAUACUGGGACUUUGAUGGCCAACCGAGGACAAGACCAAGCAAAGGAAGGCUGCAUUGACAAAACACUCAAUGUGUUUCUGCUAGUAUUCCUGACAACUACUUGCUUCGCGGUUUUGAAGCCAUUCCCAAAGACUGGUUUUGCAGAGCACCCCAUACCCAUCAAAUCAUCUCACUCAUAAGAAAGAAGACAACGAAAAAUGUCACCAUUAAUGUACGCCGGCGUUGACCAUCAGCCCUUGUUGGAUGGUACCAACGAUUACUUUGACGAUGGGCUGGAUGAGGGGAUCAUCAUCCCUCCCGAUCCAUUUGCCACCACCAGCAACGAUGCUAUGCAAGAGAACAGUCAGCUGGACGAAGACGACGAAGGAGACAGUGUGAACGAUUACGAGACAUCGUUGAUACCUUGCAUUGAGAAACUGGGACUAGGGAUUGGCAUUGUGGUUGGAGCUACCGUGCAGCUAGCCACGCUGGCUGGAAAUUUGGUCAAUAUUGCGAUUUGGGGAACCGAAGCCGGGCCUUAUGCCAGCACCACCUUUGUGGUUUGGUGCUGCUGUAUGUCGGCCAUGUUCUUUAUGGCGUAUGUGGCGCUGCGCUGCCUGGUUCAAAUGUCCUUGAAAAUGGUGUACAAGAUGGAAGAAGAAAACCAAGACAAAGACAUAAUUGUUGUGGAUGUUCCCAGCGACAAUCCCAUGCCGAGCCCCAGCGCUUUCCCCACGAUUGGUCCAAGUGGCAAUGCUGCCUCCAGAGUCAGCAGCACCAACAACGGCAGUAUCAGAGUUCCCAAGAUUCGAUGA